AUCGACCCGCAGUGAGCCGCGAGCGGGGUGGGGGGAGUGUCGUCUGUCAAAUCAAAUUACGCUCCUGACUUAUUAUUUCGCGAUCAUUUUCAUUAGAAAAAAGCUUUUUCGUGAAUUAAUUUACUGUGUAUUAGUGUAUUCGUUUAUUCGCUAACGAUUCGCGAUCACGAAUUAUCGAACGGACAUCGAAAAACGUCGGUCCAUUGCCUUACGUCCGUGGCCAUAGGAGUUGCUAUUUUUGUUUGUAGCUCAGUUCGGUGUAAAUAUUGUUUUUAAAAGUGUCGAAAUUGUGGUGCAGUGCUGCUUUUUACACAUUAUUUCUCACUUUUAACACUGUGAUCAUCGACGGACCGUGAAGCUGUUGCGUUUAGACGUUUUAUUGCAGAAAUACUUUCGAAAUUCAGGUCUCUAAGAUACGUAUCGGUGCCAAUUGUUGUACAAAAAGUGAUUUCGUUUCGAAAACUUGAGUGCCAAAGUGUUAAAAUUAACAGUGUAACAAGAAUACCUAAUAAGCCAAAUUGUAAGAAAAACAAAAAUUGUCUUUGUACCAAAUAAAAAAAAAAAGUAUACAAUUUGAAUUUAGAAUUUUGAUUUUUUUCGAUGCGAUGCGUGUUUGAGUGCUUCAAAGUUUGUAGUGGUUUUUGUAACUAGUGAAUAUUUACUUUACUAAAUGGCACUUUAUGUGUAUAAAUUGCCGAAUAUUAGUGAAAUACGAGGAUGAGGCGGGUUUUCGGUGUUUGCACCGACAGCUGGAUGCUCUGCGGUCAGAAUGUGAGGCGGUAUUCGUAGCAGGCUGUCCUAGAUGUUGUCUGGCUCGCCCCACGGAUCGGUGAUGUCGUGCCAGUCGCUCGCCGCUCGCGCCUUCGCCGAGCCCGAGAAGGACAUGACACAUUGCAGUGGUUUCCACAGAUCAGUGCGGUUCAGUUCAGAUUCUCGAAGCUCCACGAGGGCAAACGAUGCGGAGAAUAAAAGGGAGACGCCUGGCUCUAUAUCCCUGACGGCGCUGACGGUGACCCCGGUGACGUCACAGGGCUCCGCCAUGAGCCAGUCGCUGCCCUCCGCCUCCGUCAACUAUGAUGAUGAGGAUACGCCGGCCCCUCCCCUGCCCUCGUGCCGGUUUCCAAAACUGGAGGAGUGUGCCCACUUCCACUACGAGAGGGUCUCGCUCGGAGGGCUCAGCAUUGAGACUGUCAAGUGUGAGGAGAAGUGCCAGGACUCGCUCGAUGAAGGCUGGAUCUGUCUGAAAGUCCGUUCGCACGUGAACUCGAGCGAGUCGGAGUCGCCGCGCGCGCUCAGCUCCAGCUGGACCGAGGCGAGCGCCGUGAGGCAGUGGACCCUCACCAGGAAUAGGGACAACCUGCUGCAGCUCGACGACAUGCUGCAUAGAUGUAUCUACGACCGCAAAGUAUCAGGGCUACCGAACCUCCGUGAGAAGAUAUCCUCCUCCCUCACACAGUCGGAGGGGGAGUACCAGAGGCUGAUAGCAGACUAUGUACAUCAUCUGUCCAUCAUAGCCGACGACUCUAUCAAUUGUGGGCCCGUGCUGAAUUGGUUACAGAUGGAUAAUAAAGGCCACAAGCUACUGGUAGCGAACGAAGACUCGUCGUCCAUCAACACGCCGGCCGUCGCCGCCGCCUACUCCGUCAGGAAAUAUGUCUCGCAGGCGCGAGACGAAAUCAGUUUCGAAGUGGGCGAUAUGAUCUCGAUCAUAGACAUGCCUGUUCCGCCAGGUCCGGCGGAGUCGCUGUGGUGGCGCGGCAAGCGCGGGUUCCGCGUGGGGUUCUUCCCGCACCACUGCGUCGCCGUCAUCGGGGACAAGGUGCCCAGGCAUAUGACGCAGCCGCCGCCUAUUGUCGGCUCAGUAGCAGUAGCUCCAAUAAAGCCAGUGUUACGAAAACACGGCAAGCUGAUCUCCCUGUUCCGGAGCUUCAUCCUGUCCCGACCUUCGCGCAGGAGUCUGAAGCAGCAGGGUAUACUUCGGGAGCGGGUGUUCGGCUGUGACCUUGGGGAGCAUUUGCUGAAUUGUGGACAUGAUGUCCCGCAAGUGCUAGUAGAGUGCGCCCGCGCCAUAGAGGCGCGGGGCGCGGUGGACGGCGUGUACCGGCUGUCGGGGGGCGCGGGCCUGACGCAGCGCCUGCGGGCCGCCUUCGACGCCGGCGCCCCGCCCGACCUCAGCGCGCCCCCUACCACACGGGACCCGCACGCCGUGCCCUCGCUGCUUAAGAUGUAUUUUCGCGAGCUGCCGAACCCGCUAUGCACGUACCAGCUGUACGAGAGCUUCGUGAGCGCCGUGCAGGCCCCCGACGAGGCCGCGAGACUGCGGGCCGUCAGGGAUACCGUCGUCAAGCUGCCGCCGCCGCACUACCGGACAUUAGCGUACCUGAUGCGCCAUUUACGUCGCGUAUCGCUACUGGGCGCGCAGACCGGUAUGACGGCGCGCAACAUGGCCAUCGUGUGGGCGCCCAACUUGCUGCGCGCGCCGCGACCGCAGCACGCGCUGCAGGGCGUCGCCGUACAGGCGGUGGUGACAGAGUUCCUGAUCUGCUACGCUGAGGAGUUGUUCGCUCAGGAGCAGGGAGAGGAGUCUGGACCUGAGUCUUUGGAACAGGACCGCUGCGAGUCGGAGAUAGAGCUUCGCGGCAAUGACUCGUGUCGGCGUCCCAAGAGCUUGCCGAUCAACCCGCCUACUAAGUUACUCAGCCUGGAAGAAGCCCGUCGCCGGGGCCAGGCGGGCGGAGCCCCGGGCAGCCCGGGCAGCCCGCGUCUGCCGCCGUCGGGCGCCAUCGCCGCCGCCGCCGCCACGCAGCUGCGGCCCUCCGGACAUCUACGGCCCAACUACAUCGAGGUGGGAUCGGGACCAAACAACUUACCGCAGUACCACACCGUGUUAGAUCUACCAGCGCCCGGCAAGCGCGGCCUGAAGCGGUCCCCGUCGGGGUGGCGCGGGCUGUUCGUCCGCCACAAGACGCGCGUCCGACACGUGCCGCGCGCCCCGCCGCCGCCCGCGCCCCCGCUGGACGUCCCAAUGUGCUCCCAGCCCGCGCUAGGGCUCCGCCCCGUGAAGUCGUGCGAGUCCCUGACGUCCGACACCGACACCCUCGCCCCUCUCGCUGAGAGGGCCGCCGCGCCGCUCAAACAUCAUACCAGAUCAUCAUCGUGCGACUCCUACUUCGAGCCGUGGCAGGCGGAGCUAGCAGACAUGAGACUACGUCUGUCCCCACAGGAGAGAGAUCACCACAUGUUUAGCGAGGAGGACGAUACGCAGCUACAGAUCAAUCAUGCACAGGACUCGCUAUGCUCGACGCCUCCAGAGUCAGGUCUAUGCAGCGCCGAGAACAGUCCGCGCCGGAACCUCAGGGUGGACAUACAUCAAGCUAAUGAACUUGCUGAGCGCCGUCGCGUGGCCCUGGAGGAGCAACUAUCCCAGAUCGGGUACAUCGACGGCGAGUCCCCGCGCGCCCGCCCCGCGCCCGAGAAGCGACACUCGGCCAGGCCCGCCUCGCCCACACACACCGACAUCGCCAAGAGACUCUGCAAAGACCGAGACAGUCCGAUGGCGUCCCUCACAGACUUCCCGACCUCCCUAGCCAAUGUUAAACUCAGAGAAAGAAACUCUCCAAGAAAAUCCAAAGCUCGAUACAGUGGCAUGCACUUUGAUACAGACAAGCAAACUAACAGGCUCAGUUGGCACGGCAAAGAUGGCCAUUCGACCUUUACAAAAGACGGGCAUUCUACCCUUAUAAAAAUCGAUUGGCCCGCAGAAAAUUCAGUCAGUAAUCUCACUACAAGCACGAUAAAUUCUAGUCCAUUAACGCCCAUAACACCAAUUUACGACCCACUAGAAAGCGAUUCGGAAGUCAGCGAGGCAAACAAACAUACUAUACAGAUUAAGAGUGAGAUUUGCGACUCAUGUGAGCAAGAGAAAUGUCUAAAAUGCGAGCUAAAAGCGACUGAUUACGAAAAUAUUAAAGAUUUCAGCGAAAAUCUUCACGAUAGCCUCGAACAUAGCCCGCAUUCAACUGAUAUAAGUUACCAUAAUCUUAAUAGGCUAUCAGCUGUGUCCAACUCCUCGAAUUCCGAUCACACGGAUAAAAAAAAAGAUGAGAGUGACGUCAUGAAAGUUAUGACGUCAUCACAUGAGAGUUCUUCGAGUUAUUCAAACGUAAGUUUGACUAAAGGAGACGAAUUGUACGAAUGCUAUAAUUAUACGAGGCCGAAUUAUAUAAAUUUGCAAUCUUCAAGCACUAGUAAAAGUUCUCCGGGUAGCCCUUUAAAAAGUCCUUUGAAAUCUACUAUAAGUAUAACCUUCAGAUCGCCGACGAAAAACAAGGGUUUUGAAGACACGCCGACUAACGAUAGGGACUCAGUCUACGAAGAUAUUGAUUUAGAAAAGAAUUUGUCUAUAGUUGAAGACGCGAGUGUUCCGCAAACAGACGCCUGCUUACCCACCCAACAGGCUUGUCAACCAAACGACAUACAAGACCUUAUAAUCCUAGAAACUCCAACAGAAACGAACCUAGAUGAAGAUUUGGAUGUCUACAGUCAAGUGAAGUUCUUUAAAAAGAGUAUAGAUGAAGUCAAUGCUAUGUUAUUACCAGAAGAUAGACAUUAUGAAAAUAUAGCCUUUGAGAAACAAAAAGAUUAUGAGAAUAUUAACGUAGAUACGCUAAAGAUAUGUGAUAAAGACGUCAGUGAUGUUGAUAACACGAAGCCGGUAGAAAAUGGUAAUUUUAAAACUAUGAAUGUCAGGGAACUAGCUAUUCGCUUCGAGAGUCCUACUGAACAGAAAUCAGCGUUUACAUUCGAAAAAUUCAAAGCUGAAAUCAAAUACCCGAGCCUAGAACGGAAAGACGAGAAAAAAGUUAUUGAAAUUAAAAAGAUAGACUUAAAAACAGCCUCAGAACAACCACAGUCUUAUAAAUUGUCCAAAAACUCGUGUAACGCAAGGUCUUUAGAUGAAAAUGCUUUCGUAAAAGAAUUUGGUAACGACCAAACUAAUGAUAGACGUAAAAGUUUAGAAGUAAAAACGUCUAAAAAGCUCCCUGACUUGAAUUUAAACACAGACAUUGAACAUAAAGUCAUAAUAACACCUACAACAGAGAACAAAAUCUCCUUAAUACAACGCUUUGAUAGACCAGACGUGAAAAACAUAAUCAGCUUCGAUUGUGAUAAGAAAUUGAGUAGAGAGCGAAUAGAGAAGUAUAAAGAAGAGAGGAGAAAUUUCCUCAGAGAGAAGUACAGCUCUCAAUCUUUCCGUUCGAACCCUGAACAGCUAACUAGAAUCAAAAUUAGGAAAGAUAAAGAAGAUAAAAUAGAGACUUGUGAGAGGUUAAAAGAAGAGCCUAAGUUUGAGAGAAGGAAUACGGUAGACUUAGGUCAAAGACUUAGGUUCAGUUUAGCUAAGAGUAGUACUAAUUUGGAGUCUAUACCCUCUCCUACCAGUCCUGUUGAUGAGAGGGAGUUUAAGAGUGAAAAGGAUGAUCGGAGUCAAUAUGAGAGGAAAGAAAAGAUGUCACCUUCAUACAACAUAAGAGAUAUGACAGCAAUCUUCGAGCAGAAAGCCCAUCCGCACUCCGGUUGAAAGGAAUCUCAUACACACACAAGUAUUUAUUAAUAUUAAUUAGUUUUAUAUUGUUUAAUAAAACUGUGAUGGGGGACUAGGAAACUCUAUAUUAUUGUACUGCCUACUCCCGUGGGGUUUGCUCGGCUCCUAUUGGUUAUAGCGUGAUGUUUUAUAGCUUAUAGCCUUCCUUAAUAAAUAUCUGCUCAUUUGCUCGCUUUAUUCCAUGAAAACAACUAUGUUUUUUUCUUAUGUUGACUUGAUGAAGUUAUCAGAUUUGAAGAUAUACAAUAAAAGAGGAUGCAAAGUUUCUCAGUGGUAGCAAGGUGUCUGCAAAAGUGCCCGGUAUAUGGCAAUAGGCUCACCCCCUAUUACAUGGGACUUACAACAUAAAUUGUGAAAUGUGGGUGUCCAUUGGCAUUAUGUGCCAUAAUGUGCACCUGUGCCUACCCCUUCGGAGAUUAAAGGCGUGACGUUAAAAAAAA